AACUCCGCAGUCAAAAUGGUCACAGCACAUUCAUUUUUAACCAAUGUUCUUAUUACUGCGUCGGUCAGCCUUAUUGUGUUCGUCUCUAUACUGGUCAAUGGCUUGGUUCUAGCAGUCAUUGCUCGGUUUAAAUCGCUACGAACAAUACCGAAUAUUCUCAUCGCUAAUCACGCACUCGUGGAUAUACUCAGUGUAAUUACAAACUCGACCCUCUUCGUGGUUGGCAUCGUAUGGAAGGCCAGUUGGUUUAGAGGGUGGACUCUCGCAAUCAUUAACAGUAGUGUCAAUCGACUCUUUUUGAUGUUGAACCUUGUCUCCAGGCUCGCUAUGAUGACAAACAUGUACCUAGCCAUUUCUUUUGGUUUCAGAUAUCUCGCCUGGAAGACAAAGACAAAAGCCCUGGUCUGUGUGUUUCUCAUCUGGUUGAUCUGUAUCUCGAUGGUGAUCUUGUUAGCGUUGCCUCUACUCCAUAUCGACCUUGGCGAUGCCCAUAUUACUAAAUACAGAGUAGAGAUCUUUAGGAAAGCAAGAUAUCUCUUGGCUUCGAGCACAUUUUUCUUCAUUAUCUGUGAUGCAGUUGUAUGUUUUCUGACAGCUCGUGUAAUAAAGAGGGAGAGUAAAAAGGUAUGGGAAGGAUCUUGUCAAAAUAAACAUAAAUCUAGUUAGGCCUAGGUAGAAGCUGGGAGUUUUAUUUCAUAGUGAACACUCUCCCGAGUUUUGGUAGAAUCUUUCAAACAUGGUCACCUGAAAAUAUGUAAUUGCAAUAAUUCAACUUUCGUUUAGGAUUUUUACCACAAUUGGCAGUAAUGUCGCAAUAUUAAUCUGAUAGACCAAUUUGCCGUUGUCGUUAAGAGUACAGACAACGCAGCUCGCGUGAACGUAUCUCGCUAUGGCCACGUACUGAAAGAAUCGUUCAAUUUGCUCCAGACUCAGUUGGCUGCGCCUCGUGAGUCCAUAACAUUUUGACCACUGUGAUAAUGAAUAUCGAGGAGAAAUUCCAUAUUUACGCCCUCCCAUGUAUUAUUCUCUUAAUAUCAGAUGAGUUAGACGUAGUUUAAGAGAAGUUGACUGUACGAUGACGCCCAUAGAGAGUUGAAUACGGAUUACUUGAAGUAAAAACUCGGAGAUUGUGACGUAUCGUCGAUUACUGUUACAGAGCGUUUUAUCAGGAGCAAAAGACCGCUAAGUAAUCCCGAAGAAGAUUUGUUAUUUCUGAAUGGAUGCCCGGCUCUUGUAUGUUACAAAUUGAAUAUAAAUUACGUAACUCUGCCCUGAAUAUCUCAAAAAGCAUCUUGUUCCGAGAAAUUAGUUCUGUGAUACAUACAAUCUCUUAUUUUUUGCAGAGGAAAGAAACGAACCCUCCUGCUCAACAAGCUGAAGCUCAACUGAAAAGGGAUUUGAAAGCAACCAAAACGAUCGUCAUAACAAUGGCUGUGUUCUUGAUCUGCUUUAUUCCUAUUGGCGUGUUUCCAAUAGUUAAUCUCAUUGAAAACAAUGUUACGACUGAUCACUGGCUUUCCUAUGUAGCCCGUUACAGUUACGCGCUCUCCAACACAGUGAACCCGAUCAUCUACUAUACGCGAUUAAGUCGCUGCCGCUUGGCUUUAAAGCAGUUCGUGAAAGACCCUUUCGGAUCAAGUGAUUACAGAGAGAAGCCAGAC